UUUCCCUAACGUGGAAUUUCCAUCAUUGUGCUCAUAUCGGCCUCCGUGGCAGCGACACGUCUCCGGCGCGUCUUCCAAGACACGAAACUGUAACGCUAUUCAGCACUUUGUUCAGACCGCUCCUCACACCUCAGCCAAACACUGCAAACAUGGAAGAUACCGUGGAAGAUCAGCUCGAUUCGCAAGAUGUGCUCCAAGAAACACCCCCGGCAGAUGUCUUCAUUGCCCCUUCCAUACACCGCGACCUAGUCCUGGCUGGAGACAGUUAUACACAUCACUCUGCCAUUCCAAGAACAGUUCGCGAUGACAUGACCACGGAGUGUGUCUUGGGCGUGGAUGAGGCCGGUAGAGGACCAGUUCUCGGCCCCAUGGUAUACGCCUUGUACUACUUACCUCUAUCAAUGCACAGAUCACUGCUAGCAGACAAGUACAAAUUCGAUGACUCCAAAGUGUUGACACCAGCUUUCCGCUCUGAGCUCAUGGAAAAGAUCUGCACUCCUGAGACUGAUCUCUACGAACACGGAGGCUGGGCUGUGAGAUCUAUGUCGGCCAAGGACAUAUCCUCCGCUAUGAUGCGACCGAACGGGAUGUAUAACCUCAAUAAUCAAGCAAUGGACGCUACCAUAAACCUGAUCCAGGAGGUACUUGAUUCUGGAGUCAAUAUUCGCGAGAUCUACAUCGAUACGAUUGGAAAGCCGGAGAUUUAUCAGAAGAAACUCGAGAAGAUAUUCCCAGCACAGAGCAUUACGGUGGCCAAGAAGGCUGAUAGUCUCUAUCCCUGCGUUUCUGCAGCGUCUGUCUGCGCCAAAGUCACGAGAGACGCUGCACUAGAUGUGCUCUAUACCGCCUACACAGAUGGCGACGACUCCGGAGAAGUUGCUUGGGGAUCAGGGUAUCCCAGCGAUGCCCGUUGCGCCGGCUGGCUCAAGUCUAACAUGGAUCCGGUAUUCGGUUGGGGCAACGAAUGUCGAUUCAGCUGGUCUACAGUGAAAGAUAUGCUGGAGGCGAAAGGAGCUCCUUGUCGAGCCGACUGGCCAGAUGCUGAUGAAGACACGGACAAUAUGAAACUGACCGGGUUCCUGAUGGGCGCUGGCGAUGAUAAGGAGGACGAACUUGGCGCAUGGUAUGGCCGUAAAGUGACUGAGGCCGUGUUCUGAGGCAGCAUUUCUGGUGGCUUAGCCCUUGUCUGAGUGGACGACGUGCCACACCAGCCUUCAUUGACGCGUGAUGGCUGAGCUCGCUCUAUUCUCUCAUGCUAAGCUCCAGGAAUUCCGUGCAAGCAGAGACGAAGAGAAGGAGCUUUGAUGAGCGGUAUGAGAUUGCUCUUGACUCAGCAAAGUUGCAGCCUAUGGCGCAUUCGGAGAGUACUUGCGAACGCA